UAUCUUGUUAUGCAGCGUUCAAAACAACUGGGAACUGGGACUUCAGUGCGUUUAAAUCAAGAUCACUGACCUCAUGAUUUGACCUCGUAUUUUUCAGAGUUCCCAGUUGUUUUGAACUCUGCAUCAGUAUAUCGAUAAUUAUUGAGUAGACGCAGGUCUAGUAUCCGCGUAUCCAUCUGAAAUCCAUAAAGCAGAAAUGCUAAACUGACCUUAGAUCAGGCAUUCUACUCCGAUUCACACAUCGAAACCGAAACAAGGUAAAUGCGUUUGGUUUUCGUAUUGUCAAUGGCAGUCGACAUAUACUACAUCUCGCUCUGAGUUGAAAUUAGUGUUGUUUAAACUGAAACGGGUGAUGAACCUCUCAGAGGAGAACAGGACAGUCGUGGCCUCUGGUGUACCAGACACACUGUCCAGCAGUCGCAUGGCAGACAAGCUGGUUAUUCACUUCCAGAGCUCCAGAAGCCACGGAGGAGAUGUAGAAAACAUCAAGUACCCGACCAGCUUCAAGGGGGUGGCUUUUGUUACAUUUGAAAACACCAGAGAUGCUGAGACGGUAAUCAGAAAGAAACAGAUCAUGUGUGACAAGGAGUUCCCUCAAGACUACCCUAUCACUGUAUACAAAUUCACCCAAGACGUGUUGUUCUACGUGAACGCUAAAGUGGACCUGUCAAUCUUCGGUGACGAGGAACAGCAGGAGACCGUGAUCCAAAGCUUGCGGUCUGCUCACAGAUCAGUGAGGAUCUGCCUUCUACCCAGCCAGGAGGGUAAAGCUUCAGUGGAGGGACCCUUCUCUGCCGUCAGGGCCCUGAGAGAGGACCUGCUCCAGCGGGCCACUGCCAGCAGCAGCAGUCACCCAGGGGAGAAGCACAGGGCUCCAUCGAGCUCUGGUUACUCCCUGACCUCUGUGGCAGCAGGGAAUGGGGUAUCCCAGGUCAGCAGCAGUCAUGCCUGGGAAAAGCACAGAGCUCCAUCUCCAUCAAGCCAUGAUCAUUACCUGAGCUCUGUGGUAGUAGAGAGUAGGUCUUCCAGGGUCAGAUCUGGUGAUGGUGCUGAGGUGGACUUCCGGGUCAGCAGUUACCCCUGGGAGAAGAAGAACGGGGCAGCUCCCUCAAGCGCUGAUCAUUCUCUGUCAAGCUCUGUGGCAGGAGGGAGUGGGGCUUCUACAAUAAAUCAAUCCUUGGAAAAGCACCGCAGGGCAGCUCCAUCAAGCUCUGAUCAUUCUCCGAGCUCCAUGGCAUCAGGGAGGAGUGGGGAAUCCAAGGUUGUCAGCAGCAGUCACACAUUAGAGAAGUACAUCGCUCCGUCAAGCCAAGAUCCAUCUCCGUCAAGCCAAGAUCCAUCUCCGUCAAGCCCAGUGGCAGCAGGGACCUCCAAGGUCAGCUCAGGUGGUGAUGUUGACGUGGAAGAGGAGUCCACGUGGGUGGACACAAACAUAUUUCUUUACAUUCAGAGAUUUUCUAAAGACCAGUUUGACCAAUGUUUUAGGAACCACAGUGUGUCAGCUGUGUUCGAUGACAAUGAUAUGGCCGACCUGACUCUGAUAUCGCUGAGAGGAGGACGCAACAGCAAGGGUCUCUCUGAAGUCCAACUGACCAUAUCAGAGCUGACUGAUUUGGUCGCUGUUUGGCAGUCAACCCUGAGAAUCCACACUAUAGACUAUAGAAAGCAGGACGUGCGUGAGAGAAAGAGGCUGCUGCAAAUCUGUGCCGAGGUAAACGACCUUUAUGAAGACGUUCUGUACGUGCAGAAGGAGUUUAGUGUCCGGGUCAUCGGUCCCUCUAUGUCCAGUCAUCUCUUUAGUGAGUGGGUGAAGCAUAGAAUUGAUCUGCUGGAUAAAGAGGACUUGUUGUAGUGGUAGUCAGAAUGGGAAUCAUUUUACCAUUCUGCAAUAGCAGCUAGUGCACGAACAGCUUUUUGCGCCGUAUAUAUUGAUAGCACUGUGAGACGUUUUCAAGAGAUUUCUGUGACAACUAAAUAGUAUUGAGUUUGUGUUAUUUGCUGUGCCUCAACAAGGAUGCUGUUUUGUGUCAAGCUAGCCAUGAGGGCAUAACUAGAUAAUAGACUAGAAACUACAUGUUAAGGAGUCAACACUAGAGGGUGCUGUUGUACCGAAUAUACACCAUUUGUUCCAUUAAAUCAAUUCUUUCUGUGUGUCCUGACUGUCGAUCCACCUGUGUAUUUAUUUGGGUCUGUAAACCGCCACCUCAGCUGAGAUCAUGCAUGGGACAAAUGAACUAUGUCAUCAAGGACAAUAUCUCCUGUCUCCACCAUGAUUAACUAAGUACAGUACCAGUCAAAAGUUUGGACACGCCUAUUUUCUACAUUGUAGAAUAAUAGUGAAGACAUCAAAACUAUG